GAGACUGCUGCGGCGGGCACCGACCCGGGUUUGGGCCUCGGCCUGGCAGCGCGGCUGAGGCGGCCGUCGGCUGGGUGGGCAGGAGUGGUCGGGCGAACCCGGCGGGGCAGGCUGGGGCGGAAGCGGGAGGAGGUCGCGGUAGAGCUGAGGGAAAGGGAAGGAUACCGGCCGCCAGCCUGAGCUAGGAUGAGCUGACUGCCUGGGCUGACGUGCAGACAGUGGAUGGCGUUGGUUUUACUUUCAAGGAUGGCGCAGAAGAAAUAUCUUCAAGCAAAACUGACCCAGUUUCUAAGGGAAGACAGAAUUCAACUUUGGAAACCUCCAUAUACUGAAGAAAAUAAAGAAGUUGGUUUGGCCUUAAAGGACCUUGCUAAGAGGUACUCCGAGCGGCUAGAGUGCUGUGAAAAUGAAGUGGAAAACAUAAUAGAGGAAAUCCGAUGCAAAGCGAUUGAGCGCGGCACUGGGAAUGAGCACUACCGCACAACUGGGAUUGCUACGAUUGAGGUGUUCCUGCCUCCGAGGCUCCGGAAAGAUAAGAAAAGCUUGUUGGAGACCCGCUUGCAUGUCACUGGUAGAGACCUGAGGAGUAAAAUAGCUGAAACCUUUGGAUUUCAAGAAAAUUACAUCAAGAUCGUAAUAAAUAAGAAACAGCUUCAACUAGGGAAAAGCCUUGAAGAGCAAGGAGUCACUCACAAUGUGAAGGCCAUGGUGUUGGAGCUGAAACAGUCUGAAGAGGAUGUGAGGAGAAACCUGCAGCUGGAGGAGGAGGAACAGAACGAGGCUGAGCAGAAGGAGAAACGCAUUCAGAGGACCAAAAGGGGACUGGAGAUCCUGGCCGAGAGAGCUGAGAUGGUGGUAGACCCGGAAACGAUGCCUUACUUAGACAUUGCGAACCAGACUGGCAGGUCAAUCAGAAUUCCCCCUUCAGAAAGAAAAGCCCUAAUGUUAGCCAUGGGGUACCAUGAGAAGGGCAGGGCUUUCCUGAAAAGAAAAGAGUAUGGGAUAGCCUUGCCAUGCCUUCUGGACGCCGACAGAUACUUCUGUGAGUGCAAAGAGCUGCUGGACACUGUGGACAACUAUGCAGUCCUCCAGCUGGACAUCGUGUGGUGCUACUUCCGCCUGGAACAGCUGGAGUGCCUUGAUGAUGCAGAGAAAAAGCUGAACUUGGCCCAGACGUGCUUUACAAACUGUUACGGGGAGAAUCACCAGAGACUGGUCAACAUAAAAGGGAACUGUGGGAAAGAGAAGGUGUUGUUUUUAAGACUCUACUUGCUUCAGGGAAUCCGAAACUAUCACAGUGGAAAUGGAGAGGAGGCUCGGGAAUAUCUCAACAAGGCACGUCAGCUCUUUAAAGAGCUGUACAUCGACCCAUCGAAAGUUCACAACUUGUUACAGUUGGGGUUCACUGCCCAGGAAGCACGGCUGGGCCUGCGGGCCUGUGAUGGGAACGUGGACCACGCAGCCACUCACAUUUCCAACCGCAGAGAGGAACUGGCCCAGAUACGGAAGGAAGAGAAGGAGAAGAGGAAACGCCGUCUGGAAAGUGUCAACACUUUGAGAGGAAUGGGCUACUCCACACAAGCUGCCAAACAAGCCCUUCACCAGGCCAGAGGCAACCUGGACGAUGCCCUGAAGAUUCUCCUCAGCAACCCCCACAUGUGGUGGUUACAGGAUUCAGACUCUGAGAACAACAGCCGGCAAGCAAGCCCUUCCCAAGAAAGCAUCGACCAGCUGGUGUACAUGGGCUUCGACACAGUGGUGGCCGAAGCUGCGCUGAGGGUGUUUGCAGGCAAUGUCCAGCUGGCAGCUCAGACCCUGGCACACCAUGGAGGAAGCCUCCCUCCUGACCUACAGUUCUCAGGAGAGGACUCCUCCUCCACCCCAUCCACAUCCCCGUCUGACUCCGCAGGGACCUCUAGUGCCUCCACGGAUGAGGACAUGGAGACAGAGGCCGUGAACGAAAUCCUGGAGGACAUUCCGGAGCACGAGGAAGACUACCUGGACUCCACACUGGAGGACGAAGAAGUCAUCAUCGCUGAGUACCUGUCCUACGUGGACAGGACCAGUUCUGCCACAAAGGACAACUGAGCGGAGGGACAGAAGGGCUACGCUUCUGCUAUAAAUUCUGGCGUUGUGAAUGGUUGAAUGCUUUGCGUUCCUCUUGCUUUUCAACGAUUUUGCUCUAAGUAGGCUUCCUCCUCAGGUCCAGGGACCCAGCGCAGCAGAGACUUGUCAGUCAGAGGACAGUCUAGGAGAAGGAAUUCUCCAGCCCAGCUCUGCUGCCCCCUCCUCUUCUAGGUCUGCACCCCUGACGGCCACUCUGCUGGCUUUCCAUCCAGUCCCGGAGGGCCUGGGACUAACUCUGUCUCCUGUCUUCUCCUCAGCUAGUCCUCCUGUGCACUCUUCCCACUGUCCGCUGCUGAAACUGCUCUCCUCUGCUGUGCGAGCUUCCCUCGGCCCUCGCUGCUCUGCCUCACCCCUUGAGUCUCCAAGUGCUGUCGAGCACAGCAGCAAGGUACCAGCCGUCACUAUGCAGAUGGUGCAGAUACCUUAAUCUAGAAAUGUCAGUGUUUUGUGCUCUCAGAUCAGUAAAAUCUGUACUUAAAAUUCAAGGUUGCAAAAUCAGAGUUUAUAUGGAUUCUAAAUUCCUCAUACAAAAUGAAAAAUCUUUUAUUAAAUGGAAGUUUUAAAUGCUAGCGACAGCAAGUCAUUUUUAAUUAGCAUCUCUAGACUGAAAGCUUAUUGUCAGCCAAGAACCUGAGAAUGCGGUCUGCUUUCUCGGGGCUGUCCCUGGGUUUCCUGUAGCUGGCUCACAGAAGGGGGCUGUCAGCCGGUGCUUGCUUCGUCCUGGGUGUGGACCAGGCAGAUAGCCUUCCAGCACCCAGGCAUGGUAGCAGCCAGAUGUGGCGUGGGCCAAGUGUGACUGUUCCUGAGAGCUUUUCAUCUCACCUGGAGCCUUGGCAGCCCACUAAACUGGACAAGUAUGAUCGUCUCUAGCUUUUUUUUUAAUUACACAGUUGUUUGUGUGGGGGGUGGGACAAACAUACCAUAGCACAAGUCUGGAGGUUAGACUGUGUGGAAACUGGUUCUCUGUCCACCGUGCGGAUACCAGGGACUGAACCUAAGUUGUCAGGCGUGGUGGCCCCCUUGCUGUUCUCUGGAAGUGAGUGAUGCUGAUGGGAAUAAACGUGGGUGCACUGAG